AUGUCAACCACACUCGAUGAGUAUAAGCAAUUGGCCAACAUGAGUGUAAGAGGAGCAUGCCCUCGAUGCAAUGGGUUUGGGUUUUUUCACAGCUCGUUGGACAAGCAUGACCGUCCAGCUACUCAGCGUUGCAAAAAGUGUGCAGAGUGUAGUGUAUGUGAUGGUUCGGGUGUGACUGUUGGAGUUAUUGGCUGCAGAAGGUGCAAUGGAAGAGGGUUUAGUCAUAAUCCACGAGCCAUUGUACCACACACAAUAGCUGAGCAGAUGCGUUGUUUUGACUGCGAAGAGUGUAAAGAAUGCAAAGGAGAGGGUGUGCUGGAUUCAAAACGAUUUCAAGAUAUUCGAAGAGCAUCGCUUUCUGCCAAGCAAAACUCAAUGUCAUAUCUACAAGCUAUGCCAUCAAGCAGCUCCAUAAAUUUAUUGGCAGGUGCUGGAGGAAAUAUUGCUACAAAUACUGCCGGAGGGACUCUUCUUGAUCCAUUGGCCACAGAUAAGGCUGGAAAUUUGUUGCAGCAACAAAACACUAGAGGUACCAUACUUAGUUCGCAGUCAGAUUCGCUUAAAUUUCCUCCGAUGGUGCCGGAUCUAGCACAAUUGGGUCCACUCACGACAACACAUAUGGCGAUUCAGCCAGCCACACUUCAUCCACAUAUGAUGGGAAUUUUUGGAGUACAGAUUGAUCAGACCAUAUUUGAUGCCAUGAUGGCUGCCAGUAUGACAUUAUCUGAGAGUGUUCCGUUAUCCCAAACAAAUGCAGUUGGAAAUGCAGGUAGCGGUGGAAUAAGUGGGGCGACCCGUAAGCCGAUACUAGCUGAUCAAGUCAGUACUCCGUGUCCGCGUUGUGAAGGUACCGGUUUCCGUCACGACAGUUCAGCGAGGCACGAUUCGAAAAAAAAGGCAGAAAAGUGCAAGCACUGCACUCCUUGCAAAGGCAAGUGGUGUCAGGGAACUGGCACAAUUGUCGGCAAGAAGGGAUGCGAUACUUGCGAAAUGAAAGGGUUUGUACAUGGCACAACAGAGCGAGAACAUGAUGUGCCGGCUCAUCUACGAUGUUUUUUUUGCAAGGAUUGCCGAGUAUGUCGUGGACUGGGUAUAGUCAAGAUUGGAUCUGUGGGUAGACCAGUGAGCAAUGCACAACAACCACGGAUGAUGCUUCGACAACCAGAAGAUCGGUUAGCGUGA